AUGUACGUUUACGUUGUCGUCUCCAUCUCCAGUGCGGGCGACUCCAAAAACAUGGACAACUACGAGACAACAACUGCGGUAGACAGAACUGGCGGCACGAAUCCGACGUGGAAUUUCCCGAUUAACUUCUCUAUCCACGACGAAUCUACCGCCCGGGAUAACCGCUUGACACUUAUUUUCAAUCUCCGAUGUGAGCGUUCCCGCGGCAACGACAAAGAUGUCGGAGAAGUACGAGUCCCAGUCAAAGACUUACACGCUGAAGAAAAUCCCAAAUUCGUGACUUACGAUGUUAGAAAUCCAUCUGGAAAAUCUCGCGGCAAAUUAUUUUUCUCUUAUAAAUGGAUCGAUAAAGAAAUUGACGCCGACACAAGGAUGCAACUUGUGCCGGCAAAAGUUGACGAGAUUGUGAUGGCGUAUCCAUAUUCUAUAGAAGAAUUGUAUACGACACCGCCGCCACCUGGGUACCCAGUACAACCGCAAGUGGCGGCGACGAUAAAGAAUAAUAAUAGUUUGGGGCUGGGGCUAUGGGCUGGACUUUUGGGAGGCGCUUUAGAAUGGAUUGGAGAAGCUUUGGGUUUAGGGGAGAAUCGGAUAUGGUGGAAGAGAAGUACUAGUGAGGUCACUGGUAGAGAAAAGGGUGUAUGGAAGGGUUCGAAGAAACGUGGACGAGGUUUGAAAGGACGUCGUGAUUGA